AGCCACCAUGUCGACUUGCAGAAACGCUGCGAUGAGUGCAUCGUAAUUCCUCAGAUGUGCACAAAUACACUGAUCCCUGCAAACUCUCCUUGUUUAUUGUUGGAAGCCAUCAUUCCCGGCGUGUGCGGCGGAAGUGCCAAGACCUCUAGUAGUGUUCAGAUGCAUGGGGAGACGCGUCUUCGAUCCUCUAUUCACCUGCACAUAACUGCACUUCCGCGCUGACGUGAAGAUCGAUAUGUGUAUCAGCGGUUCUACCAGCCGAACAACUCUUCCGCACUGGGCGAAGAUCGCUCAGUCCAUCAAGACCGUGACCAAGCCGCGCAGGCCCAAACCCAUCCUGCCCUCCGACUAUGAUGACGAUGAAAUGAAAUCAUAUAUGAAAGCCCAUCAUAUACGACACGAUCGUACGGUCGCGGUAUUUCAUCGCAUGGAGGACCAUUACACCUCCACCAUCGCAGCCUACGACUCCUUGAUAACAGCGCACGCGAACGAGGGCGGGCCGCCCAUCAAGUUCCGCAAGCACUCUCCUGGAUGGAAGAGACAAUGUCUGCUCGAAACGGCACUUGAGCGGCUCAGAGACGCAGGCGUCACAUACGACCCCAGCCGCGGCGACCCGCGCCCAGGCUCCCUCCCUCCUGCCACGAUGAGCGAUGCGCGUGAAGCGCGGCUGCACUGGCUCGAGCUCCAGCCCGAGCGGCGCACCGAGAUGUAUUUCACCAAGUACCAGAUGAGCUGGGAGAAGAAAAUCCUGACGGGCCAGCUCCUCGCGUUGAAGAAGGCGGAGGAGCUGAGUUGGCGGGGGAUGCGCUGUUUGUUCAGGAACCGUGUGAGUGCUGCGCAGCGCAGGGGACUGGCGACCCUGCGAUGUGUGGUAUGGUUGAACCGUAUGCCCUAUGUUGUUGCUCAGAAGCAACAGCGGAGUGGUUCGGUGAAGCGUCGGCGGGCCUGGCGCAGGGUGGGCAAGAUGAUCAUAUGGCUGCAAAAUGCGACAGCAAAUGCAGAGACAGGAGCAGAGACAGAAGCUCAAACGUCGUAUGACAGCGGCAUACAGGCUUGAUACCCGGG